AUGGACGGCGCCUCGAGCUCGCUCUCUCCCGAGGUCCUUGCCCUGGCCGCCAGGAUGUACGACGCGGCCAGACGAGGCGACCUGCCCGUCUUCCAACAAGCUCUGCCGGCCGGCCUGCCGCCCAACAUGAGGAAUGAAAAGGGCGAUACUCUGCUCAUGCUGGCCGCAUACCAUGGCCACGCCGACCUGGUCAGGCUCCUCAUGGAGCACGGCGCAGACCCGAACCGGCUCAACGACAGGGGCCAGAGUCCCCUCGCCGGCGCCGUCUUCAAGAACGAAGAGGCCGUCAUAGAGGCUUUGCUCGAGGGCGGCGCGGAUCCCGAGCACGGCAGCCCCAGCGCCCUGCAGUGCGUCGAGACGUUCAACCAGGGCGGCAAGUGGAGGGCCAGGAUGGAGGCGGCGCCGGGUCGGGCAAAGGCGGCGCCUGCGGAGGCAUUGUGA